AUGGUCGUGGAUGUGGAUGCGUAUGUGGAUGUGAAUGUCGAUGUGAAUGUGAAUGUGGAUGUGGAUGUGAAUGUGAAAGUAGUUGUGAGCGAUCGGAGUGGAACGGAGCGGAUUCAUGCAAACGGCAGCAACAUCAGCAUUCGCACAAACACCAACCACAAGCGUCCGAGCCGCUUCACACAGUUAAUGGACCUCCUGCCUUUAGGGCUGAGUGUGAGCUCCAUGAGGCUGGCAGCAUCGGGGUCACCACAGUCGCAGUCACAGUCGCAGUCUCAGUCACAGAGCCAGCAAUCGCUGGGCAGCCCGCAUCUUAGCAGUUCCCAGCUGGAGAUGUCUUCUGCCGGCGACACUCUCCGGCACUCUGUGAGCUUCCACACCGAGGAGCUGCUCCUGGACUUGGCGACCAGCCAGGAGUUCUGUGAACUGCACAGGUAG